AUGGCCCGGGGCGUCCACGUGGGGGCGGUCUGCGUGGUGGCCGCGCCUGGGGUCGCGGUAGACCGAGAACUCCCCCUGGAGAGGUUGUGUGGGUGGAGCGGGCUCGGCGCCCGGUUGACUCGGGGCCAGUCUGGGUGCCCCGGAGGCCCCCGAGAGCUCAGAGCUGGGGGGGCGCCACUGGCGGAGGAGACACGGGGCCGGGAUGGGGUGUGCCUCCGGAAGACCGGGGCUCCCCAGAGCCGCCUAGCGGAGAUGUGUGGGUGCCUCGGGGCCGGCCGCCGGCAGCAGCCGCAGAGGUGUGGGUGUGCUGGACAGGAGGCAGCUGGGUGUGGCGCGAGUGGGGUCGCCCCGGGACUAAUCUGGUGCAACCAGAUAGGGUUUGGACCUUGCGUAAAGGGGCUGGCGGGAACUGAAGAACGCAGAUGGGGACCGGGAGGAAGGGAAGGUCUGGUAUUGAGUAAAGGGGCGGGGCCCUGGCUGCUGUGGCCUCCCCUGACCCCCUCCCCUCGCUGCUGGGGUCCUCGGCCAAGCCCCCUUCUCACUGGACUGUCGGGGGAGGGGAGCUGUACCUACAGAGACAUGAGGCUGAGCUGGGUCCUGACAGUGCUGUCCAUUUGCCUGAGUGCCCUGGGCUCAGCCACGGGGGCCGAAGGCAAGCGGAAGCUGCAGAUUGGAGUGAAGAAACGUGUGGACCACUGUCCCAUCAAGUCUAGAAAGGGAGAUGUCUUACACAUGCACUACACGGGGAAGCUAGAAGAUGGGACGGAGUUUGACAGCAGUCUCCCACAGAACCAGCCCUUUGUUUUCUCCCUCGGCACUGGUCAGGUCAUCAAGGGCUGGGACCAGGGGCUGCUGGGGAUGUGUGAAGGGGAAAAGCGGAAGCUGGUGAUCCCAUCUGAGCUGGGGUAUGGAGAGCGGGGAGCUCCCCCAAAGAUCCCAGGUGGAGCAACCCUGGUGUUUGAGGUGGAGCUGCUCAAGAUUGAGCGACGUUCAGAACUGUAACAGGCUACAGAGGGGUAGGAGACCCCUGUCAGGGACCAGACUGCUUCCAAACAAAACAAAAAAACCUUUAAAACCCCAA